GCUUGUAUCCGUAUUUAAAGGCGCCAACAAAGACGAAUUUGGGAACAGCUUCACAAAUCUGCCGUCUGUACGAACAUCAUCCAACAGCACACUACAGCUUAGCUAACGCAUUAAAAUGCCUGAGGAAACAGCAGCUGCUUCAACUGCCGAAAGUAUGGAGGAGAAACCUUGCUCGUCAAGCGCUGCAGACAGCUCCGUCGAUGUUUCUGAGGAAGCAAAGAAGCUGAUUGGCACAGGCAAACGGCACUUGGUGAUGGGUGACGUUGUGUCUGCAGUCAGUGUGUUCCAGGAGGCUUGUGCCAUGCUAGCUGAAAAGUAUGGAGACACUGCUGAUGAAUGUGGUGAAGCUUUUUUCUUGUGUGGGAAAGCCCUUCUGGAGCUUGCCAGGAUGGAGAAUACAGUGCUUGGUAAUGCUUUAGAGGGAGUCCCAGAAGAAUCCUCUGAAGAGGGCGAGAAACCGAAUGACUCUAAGAUUGAAAGCGCAGACAACUUGGAUGAGAAAACCAGAGAUGAACUUCGAGCACAGGUUUAUGAUGCCAUGUCAGAGGACCAAACUCGGUCUGAUGUAGAAAAAGAGGUGGGGGAAGGUGAGCAGAACCAAGAGCAAGUUAAGAAGCAGGAGAAGGUUGACUUGCCAAAGGAAAGGGAUGCAGGAUCACCCAAAACUGAGAAACCUGCUGAACACAAGGCGAAACUUGCUGAACGUGAUGCAAAUCCUGCUCAAGAUGAAGAGAAAAGAGCUGAACAUGAGGUGAAACCUACUAAAAGUGAGAAACCUGGUGAAAAAGAUGCUGCGAAGUCCGAAGGUGUGGAUGAAAGUUGUUCUAUAAAGGAAGAUGUCACUGUGUCAAAUGGAGUAACUGAAAAGGCUGAAAAAGUUGAGAAAAAUGGAAAUAAAGAGAAUGAAGAACCCAUGGAAGAGGAUGGAGAUGACGACGAUGAUGAUGACGAAGAUGCAGAGGAUGAAACAAAAGACAAUGAGAGUGAGGAGGAUGAAGUUGGAAACUUGCAGUUGGCCUGGGAGAUGCUUGAGGUUUCAAAGGUGAUUUAUAAAAGACAAGACCGCAAAGAAGAUCAGCUAAUGGCUGCACAGAUUUACCUGAAACUUGGAGAAGUUGGAGCUGAAUCAGGCAACUACAGCCAGGCUCUGGAGGACUUCAAUGAGUGUUUAACCUUGCAGCUGAAACACCUUCCCUUUCAUAGUCGUCUUUUGGCCGAGACUCAUUACCAGCUGGGCACAACUUACAGCUACACAGCCCAGUACAGCCAAGCCAUUGAGCACUUCUCCAGCUCCAUCAAAGUCAUUGAGAGCCGUCUUGCUAUGCUUCAGGAGGUAAUAGACAAGUCGGAGGGUGCAGAGGCAGCAAAGGAGGAGAAGAGUGAGCUUGAGGAGUUGAAACUGUUAUUGCCAGAAAUCACAGAGAAGAUUGAAGAUGCCAAAGAGGGCCAGAGGACUGCUGCUGCAGCAUCUGAGGCCAUCCAUCAGACUCUUGCAGGAGCAUCCACUUCAUCUGCAUUCCCAGCUGAAAAUGGCGGCCCAUCCUCCUCUAAUGCUAGUCAGAUUCCUGUGAGGCCAGCUGAUAGUACGUCUUCAUCAAAAUCUGCAUCUGACAUUUCACACCUUGUUCGCAAAAAGAGGAAACCAGACGAUGAGAGUCCAAAAAAGGACAGUGAUGCUAAAAAGACUAAACAGGAGACCACAAUUAAUGGCAGUGGUGACUCUGCCCACAACGGCAAUGGAGUCCAGGAGAAAAUGGAGCAGGAGGCGACAAGUUCUUCUGUGGAGAUGUCAGUAUGAUGGGCAUAUUGAUUGACCACUUGCCUUCCAACCAGCAGAGCAUGCCUGCCUCAGUUUCCAUGAACAACUAUUUUGUCUCUUUGUCUUGUAAAUUGUCUGU